AUGGGCAGUGUGAUGGAGGAUGCUCUCAUCACAGAGGCAGACAUCACAGAUGAUGUGCCUACCAGCUCACGUCAGCUGAGCUCUUGGCUGCGGCGCACGCGGCAAAACAAGAUCCGGAAGGUGGUUCGUGAAGUGUACCUGCGGGACGACAUCGUCCCGGAGCCCUUCGAAGGAGCAGAUCAGGUGCUGGUUCUGGACACCAACAUCGUAUUGCAUCAGAUCGAUCUCAUCGCUGAGGAUGAGUGUGUGAACCAUGUGGUGGUUCCAUACACCGUUCUGCAGGAGGUCAGGCACCGAAACAUGGGAAUCUAUGCCCGACUUCGAGCUCUCUGUCGCGUCGAGACGGGUGAUGCGAAGCAAGACCAAGCGGUCGAAGCCGAGCUGAACGAAGAACCCGCGCCUCCCAGCAACGCGAGGAGAGGAGUUGGAGAUCGCGAGAAGGCCAAGGAGAUGGCCUCGGCGAGAAAUGCCCGCCAGUUCUACGUGUUUCCCAACGAGUUCUUCCGGGAGACCUAUGUGGAACGUGCUCCGCAGGAGUCUCAGAAUGACAGAAACGAUCGAGCGAUCCGUCGUGUGGCCCACUGGUACAGGCGGCACAUUGUGGGUCCUGAGGUGCUUCUGCUUACCGAUGAUCGGGCCUGCAAAGCCAAAGCCGUCUCAGAUGGUCUCGUGGCCUUUCGGGCAGCUGAGUUUGUUGAGAGGAUGCGGGGGAAGUUCCCGGAAGCCGGGGAGAAGUUGGCCCUUCGUGAUGACGAGGACGAGUCCGCUCCGGCUCAGGCUCAGGGGCCCCGGGGCGUGAAGCGGAGUAGGGAGCCCUUGGUGAAGUCCACGGAUGGCUCGGUAUACCCGGCCCAUUUGAAGGCCAGCGAAGUCGAGCGAGGCUUGAAGGAGAGGCGUCUCUUUCAAGGCGUCUUGCGGAUGCACAUGAACACCUGCAUGCACGGCACGGUGACUUGCAGCGGAGAAGAGCUGGAAGUCUCGGGUCGUCUGGCGCUCAACCGGGCCAUCGACGGUGAUGUCGUCGUGGUCGAGAAAGUGGAGAGCGCCGAAGCGCUGGAGCGAGCUGACAAGCGCCUCCGCUUGGAGGUCGCGGACCCGGACUUCGGAGUCUCGGGCUCGGCCCCGUCUGCAGCCGACGAGAUCAAGGAGAUGCAAGCCCAGAAGGCCCAAACGGCAGGGACCCAAACGUCCUCAGAUCGGCCCAAGGGUCGAGUGGUGGGGAUCCUGAAGCGCAACUGGCGCGAGUACUGCGGCACCCUGAGGCCCUUGCAUGCCGAGAGGCAGCAGGAGCACGGGCCGGGGAGCUACAACAAGUCCGAUCGCGUCUUCAUCCCGGCCGAUGCAAGGCUGCCCAAUAUCAUGAUUCAGACCCGGCACUCGGUGAAUUUGGACAACAAGCGCAUCGUUGUCGUGCUGGAUGGCUGGGACCGCUUCAGCCAUCAUCCGUCAGGACACUGGACCAAGAUUCUGGGAGAUGUAGGGGACAGAUCCGUCGAGAGCAUGGUGAUCCUCCACGAGCAUGGCGUCAUUACCCGCGAGUUCAGCGAGGCGGUGUACCGGUGCCUCCCUGCCGGCGACUGGCAACCAGGCCCCGAGGACCUGAAAGGCCGAGAAGAUCUUCGAGGUAUCUGCGUCUGCUCCGUGGACCCUCCCGGUUGCAAGGACAUCGAUGAUGCCGUGUCUUGCGAACCUCUGCCAAACGGCAACUACCGUGUUGGGGUCCACAUCGCGGAUGUCACGCACUUUGUGCACCCCGGAACUGCAAUCGACAACGAGGCUGCAGAGAGGUGCACCACAGUUUACCUCGUGGAAAGACGCACGGAUAUGCUGCCAGGCUUGCUUACCACAGACAUCUGCUCUCUGCGGGCCCAGGUGGAGCGCCUCACCUUCUCCGUUCUCUGGGAGAUGACGCCAGAAGCAGAAGUUGUUGACACCAAGUUCUGCAAGGCCAUCAUCAAGUCCCGUGCGGCCCUUUCCUACGCAGAGGCUCAGGGGAGGAUCGACGACCCCAAGGACAACUCGGAGAUCACCAGGAUCCUCAGGACGCUGCUGAAGCUCACGCGCCAGAUCCGGGCCCGGCGGGUGGAGAACGGGGCCCUGGAGUUGGCCUCCCAGGAGGUGCGCUUUGAGCUGGACAGCGAGACGCAGGAUCCUACGGAUGUCGCAGAGUACCAGCAGCGCGAGACGAACAAGCUGAUUGAGGAGCUUAUGCUGUUGGGAAACCAGGCUGUGGCGACGAAGAUCCUGAACAGCUUCCCCAUGUUCGGAGUGCUUCGGAGGCAUCCGCCGCCGAAGGAUGACCAGCUGAAGGUCCUGCAGAAGUUGCUGGCAAAGAACGGCAUCCACGAGUUUAGCUUCGGCAGUAACAAGGAGCUCUCCGACUCCCUGCAGAAGGCCGUGAAGCCGGAGGAUCCCUUCUUCAAUACCUUGGUCAGGAUCAUGACCACCAGGUGCAUGAACCAGGCCGUCUACUUCUGCACCGGCGAAGUGCAGCCGGCGCUCUACAGCCACUACGGCCUGGCCAUGGAGCGCUACACGCACUUCACAUCGCCGAUCCGUCGCUACGCUGAUGUCUUGGCGCAUCGGCUGCUGGCCGCCUCUCUGGGACUGAUACCCUUACCGGAGCAGCUGCAGUCGAAGGCAACAAUCUCCGAGCAGUGCGACAAGAUCAACGUGAAGCAUCGCAUGUCGCAGUUUGCCAGCCGAGCGUCGGCGGACCUGCACACUUUCAUGUUCUUCAACAAGAAGGGCCAGCAGUCUGCAGAGGCUGUGGUCACACGAAUACGUCGAUCCGGGAUGCAGGUCAAUGUUCCCCGCUACGGCAUCGAAGGUGUUGUGGCCAUGCCGGAGGAGGAGUGGGAGGUGCGCGAGGAGGAGCAGUGCAUCCUGAGCAAGAGCCAGGCAGGUCUUCGAAUCGACAUCUUCGCGCACAUCAAGGUGAACAUCGAGUCCGACAACUCCGACUUCCGGAACCGCACUCACAUCCGCUUCGACCGCGUCAUCCUGGACUCGGAACGCGAGCAGUACGCGACCGUGGAGGCCGCGAGGAAGCAGGUCCAGGAAGAGAUGUUCCCUGACUUGAUUGAGCGCGAGGCCAACUAA